AUGUCUUUCCUUCAUGGUGUUUUAGAUAACAUUCAGCCUAAAUUAGGCCAGCAUAAAACACAUUUAACUAGCGCACUUAACUCACUUAAAAGCACAAAUGAUAAUGGUAUUACUAAAUACAGGACGGCGAUAGCCGCGGUGGCCAGUAAGGUGAAGGCGUACAACGACGCCGUAAGGCAGUCGAAUGAGAGUGUUAGUGGGCCGAUUAAAAAGUUUCACAAGGAGAUGCAAGAGCUUCAAAACGAGGUGACGGAUCGUUCUACAAAGGAGGAAGUUGAGCAAGCUGAGAGGAAGGUGAAUGAGAAGCUGGCGGAGUGCCAAAGACAUGCCGCGGAGUUUAACAACGCUUUUAACUUAGCCACUAAUAGCGAAAUGAAAACAAAUCUUAAUGAUCUGAAUGCUAAAUUACAUGACAGUAUAGUAGUAGCUGCGAAAGCAGUGAAUCAUGAGACUGACAGGCUCACUGAGCUCUCAACUAAGGAAAGUGAGAACCUCAAUGAGACGGAGCAGAAGAUUACGAGUGCGCUUAAGAGCCUGAAAGAUAGCGUGAAUGGUAGCAUUACCACGCAGGUGAAGAGCCUUGUUCAGUUUUUAUGCAGUGAGGUUUCCGCGAUUAAAGAUAAACUAGUAAGCAUUAGUGAGAUGCUGGGAAAUUAUGUUGAGCAGUUAAAACGAUGGAUCAGUGAUGCCGAUGCUUUCUUCCAGAAAGUCAUGAAGGAUGUACACAAAAUUGAGAAAAAUGCCCCCGGCAUUCUAAACCAAAUGAAUGUUGAAGACAAGGCAAAAGAGUUGCAGAAGAAAGGUGAGGAGUUGCAUCGGCGAUUUGAGUAUGCGAAGAAUGAAGUUGGACAUUUGGUUGACGCAGCGAAAAAGAAAGAAGUCAACGAGCUGGACACUUGGAGCGCCGCGGCCGGGAAGGUUGUGGGAGCGGCGCAGGGGAAGUGUUAUUUAAUACUGGGAAAAUCUGAGAUCAAGGAUAGUGGCGAACCGGAAAUUAAAAAGCAAGCUGACGCAUUGCAGAAAAAAGCCACGGACCUUUUGACUGCGUACAGCCAGGCGCAUACUCAAUUUAUGGGUUUGACUGCAAAAGUUGGCGCCGCCGUUGCAGAGUUGGAAGCCGGCAUGAAAACGGAUUUGGGGAGAAUCAGAGAUAGUAUUGUGCAGAAGAUGAAGCAGCAUGUUGGAGAGAUGCUUAAGGAUAUUAAGGGGAGAGUGGAGAAGAUUAAGGGGGAGGGAAGUAAAAACACAGGGUUGGAGGGGAUCGUUCAAGGACUGGCGCAAUACGUCACAGAGUUUGGCACUAGUAAGAAGUUAGAGACGGCGAUUAAGGAUAUGGUUGGGAGGAUUGUGAAAAGCAGCGGAAUUCGUGCAUAUUUGGAUUAUUAUGCUAAGAAUACUAAGAAGGAGCUGCAUGAUGUCAAACAGAAAAUCAUUACAGAACUACCAAAAUUGAUUCAACAGGCUAUUUCGGAGUCUGCUCAAAAGGCCGGCAUCAAUGGUGAACUGGACCUAACUAGAAUAGAGAGUCAGUUUGCUAAUCUCGCUCAGAACAUUCAGAAUAAGGAGCUCACUAUGACGCCCACCCUAAUGGAGGGGGAUCUUGAAGGCAAAUUAGGGCUGAAGCCAUCCACGCCUCAAACACAUAACUACAGAUCGCAUCUUCAGCAUCCAGUAAACAUAAUAUCAAUGGCCGUAUUCAGCGCAAUUUCAAACGCCGCCAAGGAACUGCAGACAUUGAUCGAAACGUCAAACAUUAAGAAUCUUAAGGAAGCGUCGGAAAAUGCAAAAAGCCUUUUUAGCGAUCUCCAAACGGCGGAAGCUGCGACCAAGCAACAAGGCCCCCCCGGCCCUGCAGGUUCCGGUCCCAAUACCAUUUUGGACAAAGUCAACGAGAUUCAGCAGGAAGUCAACAAGGGGAUGAAGAAAGACGCUGAACAUAACCUAAAUGUCCAAAAGGAUUUCGAAGGAAUCAUGACGUCCUACAACACGAAGAAAACGGGCAAAGGCGUGGACGAUAAGUAUCACCAACUGACUGAAACACACAUCAAAAAUGCGAUGCAGCCUUUCAAGAUUAUGACUGCUUUCACAGAGGAUCAAUCUGAGCUUACCACAGGCCAAGUAGAACAAACUACAAAGAAAGUCCAAGAACACUUCACCACAAUCACCUCCGAGCUCCAGGCCAUCGCCCACUUCGUCGAUAAGAGCAAGACUCCGCCACCGUCGCUGGGACUUCCGGUUGAAAAUGGCAUACAAGACUGGUUAACUAUGUUGAGAGAGAAGGGGCUUAAAAGUGAGGAAACAUGGACACCAGUUACCGAUCAGACUUCCAAAGGCCUCUUGAAGAUCAAGCAGGAAAUUACCGACGCGCUCGACGGGAUUAAAACGAAGGCGGAAAACGACUUCAACGCUGCGAAAACAGCUAUCAGCGAAGUGACCUCUUUCAAAACACUCUCUGACGCAAUCUACCAAGAUCUCAAAUCUCUCGUCGAGGCGUUCCAGAACGCCGGCAAAGAUCUCUACCAGCAGUUGAAGCAGUUUAAAGAUACAAAAAUCAGCUUGAGGAAGAACGACGCCGCGGCUGUGGCAAACAGUCUCCAACAAUUUUCGAGAGACCUCAGCAUGCUGCAAAGCAAACUCCAAGACGGUCCCAUCGCGCAGUGCACGAGCUUCAUUGAGAAGGAGGCCGGGUCAAUGGAAACAAUCUGUAUUAACGCCCUCACGCACAACGUCGACGGUCAAGUUAGAAAUGCUAUAGCCGAUCUCACCACCCUUGCCAAGAAGCAGUACGUUCUCUCUCUCAAGAGUCUAUUAACCAAGUUCGCGGAGAAAGUCCACAAAGAUCUUGAGAAGUUGCCCCAAGGCAUCAGGAAUGAUCUGCGCACAGGCCACAAGGGCUUUAUGUUACGCAUGGGAGGCGUGGACAGGCCGGAGACUCCAAGUGGGCCAGGCCCUGCGGCACCAAAAUCAGACACUUUGCUUGGUAUAAUGCAAAAGGUUGUCGAAGCCUACGACCCAAAUCAGCAAGCUGCGCCAACCACAUCCAUGAAGGAGGCUUUUACCAAAUUAGCAAACAAUUUUCACGAAUACUUCACUCCAAUCUACACGUACAUUAAACAACAAAUCAUCGAGCAACUCAGAAAAAAGUCUCUGCCUGAGACGGCAGACGACAACCUUACUAAACUCACAGAAAUCAACUCCGAUUUCAAUACACUGCUCACCCACCUUAAUACAACACAGACUAAUAAACCUGAUAGAAAAUACCUUUUCGACCACAAUUUCACCAACAAAUUAGACGCACUUAAAACACAACUUCAAACAUUCACCUCCCACAAAUUUACCAACCCGCACCAUCCCGAACUACUUGACGCCCUUAAGUGCGGGCUUAAUGACUUUUGCACGCAGCUUGACAAAGUGUAUGUUAAUGCGUAUGAUGGGCAUCCCACUAAGAUAAAGUGGGACGAACUGUUAGUUAAUAAAACGUUGGAGGACGGCCAAAAGUCCAACGAAAAAGAGUUAACACCGGAUGGCACUAGGCUGUCCAAGGUGUUGCUCACCGUCACGCCCAUCGUGUCUAGCGCACUAAGUGACCUAAAAGAUAAACUUGAAAAUAAAAAUAGCUGGAAAACUUAUAACAUAUAUAAUUCCGAGAAGUCCCACCAUAGCUUACAUAGACGCUUUUUUAAAGAGCACGGCUAUGAUGUUGCACUUCGUGACGAUGCCGAUAGCGGCGAACUGAAUCACAAAAAAGAUUUCAAUGGUAGCAGUAUUCUUACUCAUCUUACAGAGGGAGCACAUAAAUUGUUUGAUACUAGUAAGCAGUCACAUAACCCUCUCGGUUCCGCUUCCGAUGAGAUAUCCUUCGACUUUGUUGACGAAGAUGGUGUCAUCCCAAAGCUUUUUGCCCACCUAAGUACAUACUUCCGUACUUGCCACCUUGAAAUUAACAACGCACCUAGGCCGCCAUGCAAUGUCUACGAACAGUUAGUUUGGCUCAACGGCCUCUUACAUAAUCCCAUACAUGACAAACUUGAAGCACACAUAAAGACGUAUUGCGCUAAGCCCGAGACGCAAAAGCAGAAGGAAUACUCCGAGAUAGAUGCCAGAGAUCUAAGACUCGAAACAUCUUCCAUAAUAACAGCGCAGAAUGUAUUUGACAUUAUUCAACAUCUUUGCGAAAAUUCACAUAGUAUGCUAACAACCAUCCUCGGCACAGGGGACGAACAUACCGUGUACGCCUCUGACUUCUCUAAUAACGCGCUUCGAUUGCGAUAUCCACCCAACCCUGCCGAAUGUCUUGACAUGUUACUCGACAUCCUCCGCCGAUUGUUCUCCAUGUUUAGAUUCUUGGAAGGCCAAUGUGGUCAUCCGGCAUCCAUCUAUGGAUGGGCCGACUGUGCAUACGGCAAGUCAGUCCCGUCGGCAAACUGGCAAUGUAAUGACCACCCAAGGGGCAAAGCAAAUGAGCAAGCAAAUUGCCAACCAACGUGCGAACCAACGUGCCAGGCAAAGUGCCAACCUACUUCACCUUUAAUGUCGUACCUCACUGACACUCUCCCCGGUCACCUACCACACCAGUUGACGAACGUUGGUUGCAAGACUGUAUGUUCCACGUGCUCUCCACGUAGCAGCGGCAUGCCGUGUCUUACUCCUCUUGGCUUUAGAGCGUUCUCAGGAUCCACCAAAACGGGAAAAGAUCUCUGUAAAAUCAUCGAUGCGUUCCUUAACUUCUAUGAUGUUUCGUGCAUAUUCUCCAUUGUGUCCCGACCGCCGUCUACAUUACCAGAGCACUUCAGUUUUGUGUUGUCGCUGGUAAGGGGAUGGCAAGGUAAUUCAACUAAGUUAGUGAAAAAUGGGUUUCAAUGCGUAUUUGAACAAUCCAUCAGAGAUCGAUCCAUUGAGCUGUAUGACCCACCCAGCGACCUUACCAAUGCGCUGCGUCACGCUUAUGGCAGCAGCCAGAGUAGUCAUAGUAGUGAUAAACAUCCGACUCCAUCUCCUGAAGCAAAGGACGAUGAACUUACAAAUGCCGAUUUGUCAGGUCUCUGUAUGGCCACCUCAUGUAAUGGCCAAAAUGUUCACUGCGCUCCUUACCUAUCCGCUCUAUGCACCGAUCAAUACAGUUACCUUUCCCGGAAGCACUCUGGCACAUACCUGUCCUGGGCACUUUAUCUGCCGUGGGUAUUGUACGAUUAUCUUGAAUGUCUAUACAAUGCGUUUGAAGCUAUUUUCUGCCAGGACUGGGGAUGUCAUAAUUGUAUGCAUGGCGAUAAAUGUAGGAGAGGAGAGCACGGUAAGCUGGACACAUCAUGUCAGUGUCCGUCCUUACUUGCUUGCAAAGGGGUAUCACCAACGUUGUAUAGGUAUGGAUUUAAAUUUGGUAUACCAUGGACGCUUUGUGAUAAAGAGUCUACGAAGAAGUGCUUUGACUUCCAGACACAGCUGCACAAAAUCCUUCACUCCAAACAUUUUGAAAAGCUGUUUGCUCAGUGUGACAUGUAUUUGUGGAGAACCAGAGAGCCAUUCUCCCACCUGUUGUUAGCCCUCUGGUCGCUGUCGCUCCUGUACCUGCUGCACAUCGCCGUCGUCCGCCUCGACGUCCUGAGGAUACGCUCCCACCUGAGGUCACCAGCAUCGCACCGCAUCGCCGCACAGUCGCUGCUUGCCGCCGCAAGACUCAAGGCACUCGCCAACGUCAAGUACUUCUCACCAUAA